GUUCAUAAGACCGUUUAUUCUGAGAGGCGAAGCGGCAAGCUUUUUCAUUUUUUUAAAAUAUAAAUGAUUGACAUAAAUAAGCUAAGAAAUGAAUUGGGCUGAAAGAGAAUGACAAUAUUACAUAUUAUUGGAUUAACACUGGUUUCAUUUGGACCAAUACUCAUUUUCUCAAUAAUAUCGAUAUUCAAUGAACCCGUAAAAUGUAUUAUUUUUGUUGCAAGUUGUAUUUUUGGGCUAAUUGGUCUAUUUCUCUCUUCCAUGCUGUGGUUUAUGAUCGUUCCCCUAAGAGAUAAAUUGUUGUAUGCGAUGAUCAUGUCAGUUUUUAUUCAAGGUGCUAUGAAAUAUGUUUGGUAUAGAGUCCUCAGAUCAUCUAUCAAAGGUUUUCAGAAAAUAUUAAAAGAUCAAGAUACCACAAAUAAUAUGAAUUUAAAAUAUUUCUAUGUAUCUGGAGCUGGUUUUGGUAUCAUAACAUCAGGAUUAGCCAUUAUAAAUUCAUUAUCAGAAUUGUGGGGACCAGGAACAUUUGGAAUCAAGAAUAAGACUUUUUACAAAUAUAUUGUUGUUAAAGCUUUAUCAGCUCAGAUCUUCAUAUUUUUAAAUAUAUGUUGGACCAUUAUUUUUUAUAUUGGAUUGGACAAGAAACAUUAUUCCAAAGUGAUAUUGGUAUUUUUGACUCAUUUGCUCGCUGUCUUACUGGCAUAUUUCAAUAAAUUUAAUUUUAAUAUCCUCACAAUCUCGGCACUAUAUUGUACUCUAAUAUCAUUGUUUUUCUACACAAUAAUAAUAUGUGGUGUCACUUAUUCAUCAACAGUAAUCAGCUUGAAAAAGUGCUUACAAGACAUAAAUUCGUUUAAAGAUAGAUUUAAAGUAACGAAAGGCGAAGGUACGUCGCCUCAAGGGUCUUUAUAGAUAGAACGACGCGCUAAUCUUUAUAUGAAUGAAAAUUAAAUUAUAGAGUAUUAUAUAUUUAUUAUUUAUUUUUUGCAAUAUUUAUUUAUAUAUUACUAAAUGUAUGUAAUUAAUACCAAAUUUAAUGUUUUACAUUAAAUGAAUGAAUUUAAAAAUAAACUGAAUUUUC